UGUAAUUGACUACAGAUAGAGUGGGUUGCUACUUCUUCCUGUCAUAACCAAACAAAUUAAUUUUUCCCUUCAGGCACGAAAGCCCAAGCAGUCCAGAAGCAGAAAAUGAAGCAUGAAAUCCUGAAGAUGCCUCCAAUCCGUACUCUGCAAGGUUUCAAGUCAGUGAACCAAGCCCCCAACAUGAACUGCAUCUGGGCGCUGAAGAGCCAGGUUUGGGAUCUGCAGCAGCAGCUCAGUGAAGCCAAGACUGAGAACAAACUGCUGAAGAAAGUCCAGCACCGCCACAUGGUGGCGCAGCAGCACUUCAGAGACUCAAAUGACGGCAUCUCCCAGAUUUUAGCCAAGCACAACAAUGAAACCAAAGCUCUUCAGGGUUUGCUCCGUGAAACCCGCGUGUCCCGUGACAACCUGGGCAGGCAGCUGCAGGCCACGGAAAGAAAGCUGCUCAGCAUGAAGGACACUCUACAGCACCUGCAGCAGCUCAGCCAGGACCAGAGUCUACUGGAGAGGGAGGAGCUCACCCUGAAGCUGGCCUGUGCCACUACACAGCUGGAGGACAGGGAUCGGAAGAUACAGAACAUGGAGAGAACCCUUGAGUUGUACCAAGAAUCAUUCAAACGCCAAAUAGACUCCGAACAAAGAAAGCUCAGAGAGGCAAGAAGAGCAUCUGUCUGUCUGCAAGAACACAUCCACCAGCUGACCAAAGAGCUUCAGGUGAGCAUGAAAUGACUGAUAGGUAUCACACUGAUAGGUUUCUC